AACUGUCGCGGUUGGUUGUGGUUCUGGCUGUUUUAGCUAGAUAGGUUGAACAAAAAUAGCUGUUAUACUCGGGCUUUGGCACUGAGAUCGUUAGAUUUUUGACAAGGAAACUUUACUUUUUUUCUGCAGUAUGUGCCUUUGUCAGCAAUUUAAGAGCAUCAGCUUCGAAGAUUAGCUAGCAGUGCGUUAGCUUUUAACCUAGCGUUUGUGACUGGCUUUUUUAACUGUCCUAGCUAGCUUAAUGCUAUUUCGGUAACACCCGGUUACUAUGCAAUUUUUAAUUACCAAUUAUUUACAAUUUUGAGUAGUUAAUUAUACACGAUAAUCCUUUCGGUGUUGCCAAAAUGUCUUAUAGUUUCACAUUAAUAUUUACCAUAAUUAGCUAGCUUGGCAAGGCUAUUUUGCUAACUCAGGCGAUAGGCCAUCGACUGAAAGGAAUCAAGCUAACAAGUCGAUAACGUCAACUGUUCGGGUCCUCGGUACUGAUCAGAACAAAAACAACGGGAACUCACCGAGAUUGAUUUAGUGUCAUCAUAUGUUGACUGAAAACAGGAAACGUCAGCGCAGCGGCGGUGAUGAGGAGAGUGGCCACCUGGUGCCUCAGGCCAAGAGGCAGAGCAGAUCUCACCCGCUCUCUCCUGAGCCGGGCCGGGACGCGUGGGACUCUGAGUCCUCCAACAGUGAGAGCAGCAGCAGCAUCAGCAGUCCUGAGCAUGCGGCUGGGAGCUGUGGCAGUCAGUGUGUUGUGGGCCCCAGCAGUCCGGUCGGCUCCGGGGACUCUACAGAAAUGGCCGGUGGCGCCACAAGCCUGGUGACCUACCUGCAGAUCAACCGCAUCCUGAAGCACGCCCACUUCCAGAGCCUGCAGAGCCGAUGUCCAAUCAGAGACACAUGACGACCCCAUGUCUCUCUCUGUGUGCCACCAGAGGAGCGAGUCCCUGAGGCAUGCCGGAGCCCCACAUGCUGAUUCACUUCAUUCAGCUCUUCCCACCCAUCUCCAGUUACUGUGAUCUCCCACAGCUCUAACAUACCUGUGGAUGAAGCGAUCAGCACUUGGUCAGGUAUCUGGAGGGGAUUCAUCAUUCAAAUAAAUCAAGUGAUAAUCAUUUUAGCAAUAAUAACUGUGUGAUCAACUUAAACACAUUUUUUGUGAUCCACUUAUUUUCUGACCAGUCUGGUUUACAUGCUGCUCUGACGGGACUGAUUGAAGAUGACAGAUCCCUGUGUUUUGUCUUAAAUGUUGUAUGAAAACAGUGCUACUGGAGCUGCAAAAAGUGGCACAAAACACGAUUUUAUGCCGGUCAGUGUGACUCGUUUAGUCUCAUAGUAGGGUACGUAAGUUGUACUGAAUCUGAUGUCUGUGUAAGAACAUGGACCAGUCUCAGGGAGGAUUUGCACUUGUCUUGGACUGCUCAUUUGCUUUCAUAUUCAGACGGGCAACCCUCUACAGGGACCUGUAGAACCAUGGGUGGUAACUUGGCCAAGGAGGUUAUGCUUUCUGACCCUAUUUUGUUAGUUUAUAGAUUAUUUAGAGUUCAGUUCAAUUCAGUGGAGAGCCAUCUUAUGCGUUAGGUGAUUUGGUUAGUUUUAGUGUGGUUUGCAGUUUUAGGACAUUUUUCAAUACUUAACAAAGUACAGUAUGUUUGACGGUCCUGAUGCUGAUAACAAUUUCAAAAACCAUUGAUUGCUAAACCAGGUGUUGCUUACUGACAUCUUUAAUGUUUAAUUUUCUCCUGAUCAGACUUAUUAGACCAUUAAUUUGUCAGCAGGAAAAUGAAAAAAACGAUUGGCCUGGUUUUCAUGAAACUCAGUGGAAAAUGUAAGCAUGGGUCAAAGGAGAACCCAUUCAAUUUUGGACCUGGAUCAUCGGUCGGAUACAAACCUUAUCUUUUACUCAUGGAAACAGCCUUGGCAGAGGUCUGUGCUCCGCGUGUGCCCUUCUCGUUAUUUAAGGAAAUGAAACAUCCCUUGUUUUUCUUGUGACCACUACAAAGUCUUGAUUAUUCAAUAAGUAUUCUGUGGAUCGCAUAGGACUAAUCAACUUCAAUUAAAUUCCACUUCUCGUAUUUUACAUCAGACAUUUAUAGGUAAAUACAACAUCGAGCAUAUCUUUUGUAAUUAUUCUCUGAAUACAAGUUGAUUCAUGUCAAAACUGAUCAUGAUAGGAAGCUUACCAUGAAAAGAUUACUUGGAAUCAUUUUUAUAGGAUUAGGUCUGAUAAGUAGGCGGUUAAGGUUUCUUGUGUUUUCUUGUGAUCAUGGGAACAUUUAGUGAUCACAACAUUACCAGCUUUGUUUUAUCAUGACCACAAAAAGCAAACAAGACAAUGGUGUUCAAACCGCAAACUCCAUACAACUUUCCAUACUCCUUUUAGCCUUUUCAAAUUGUUUUUGAUUGUAUGGAAGCGUUUGAGCAUGUAGGAAAAAGUAGUUGUGUCUGUCCAGAGGGGGUUACAUCACAGCCUUUAGGAACAAAAAGACAUUCCCUGGGCUUUGUUUGCGAUGUGACCACUGAAAUGCUGUUUUUAAAUCGCAGACAAGCCUUUCUGCCUGUGCACUAACAUUGGAUGGUUGCUGUGUGUGUGUCCUUGUGCACUGAACAUCCAGGUACAAGCACUGACCACGAGGCUGUGCGUCUCUUCUCUGAGCAUUAGAUUGGUUUUAUUGCUAAAGCCUCAUUGCAGGAGUAAGCAUAGCUGUUUUGAUUUUAUUUUCAGACUGGUGUGUCAGAAGUUAAAGCAUUUUGAAGAUGUGGUUUAUUUUUUUCAAUGAAAUAUUUUUUGUAUUUAGUGAUGUACAUGACAUUAGCCUGCCAUUGAGUUUUUUUCUUGUAAAUACCCCUUCAUUUCCAAAAUAAAAAUUAAUGUUUUUGAAAAAGG